UGACAAGUUCAAGUUUUUUUUUUUUUUUUUUUUUUUAAAAACAUGGCAACUUGCAAUGGAAAUGGAGCUGCAAAUAUUUCCUCCAAGUUGCAAGUUGAAGCAAUCCAAACUGUGAUACCAUUGAAGAUAACCGAUCCACGGUUCUCCAGGCGAAUCGCGCUAUCCAAAAAUCUCUGCUCGGACGAUUUACAAAGGCGGUUUCACAUGGUUUUAUACUAUAACAAGGCGUCAGAGACGGAUUCAGGAUGGAUAGUUGCGGGUUGGUUUAAGGAGUCACUAGGAAGUGCAAUAGUUGAAAGUCCAAUAUUUGCUGGAAGAUUAAGAAAAUUAGAGGAUGAUAAUUUGGAAUUCGUUUCAAAUGAUUCUGGUGUUAGAAUGCUUGAGGCUAAUUAUCCAAUGAAUAUGGAUGAUUUUAUUGAACUCAAGAAGAAGGAAAAUGUGGAAAAUGAGCUUGUUUUUUGGGAGGAUAUUCAUGAAACAAGUCCUCAGUUUUCUCCUCUUUUCUAUGUCCAGGUGACAAAUUUCAAGUGUGGAGGAUACUCAAUUGGGAUAAGUUGCAGCCUAUUUCUAGCAGACCCUUUUGUCAUGACAAGUUUCUUGAAAAUGUGGUCCAAAAUUCACAACAACCUUGUGUCACAAAUUGACUCACCAAAAAUACCAGCAUUUUACACUCCAAAUUACACAAAAAUUGGCUCUUCACCCAAUCUCUCUAUUGCUAGCCCAAAAACAAUAAACCAAAUCACUCAAACUCUAAUUUUCAAGAAUCCCAAAAACCCCUUGAAAAUGAAAAAUGAAUUCCUCAAGAAUCUUGCAUCAAAAUGUGUUGGAGAAACAGAGGGAAAAAUUGGUAAAAAAAUUUCUUCAAAUUUCACUUUUUUAGUGAAUGAGAAUUUUGAAAAUGUAAAGGUGGAAAAUUAUUCAAGAGAGGAGAUAAUUAAGGGGGAAAGUGGAUUAUCUAUAAUGUCAGGAAAUUGGGAUGAUUUGGGAGCUGAUCAAGUGAGAUUUAAUGAAGGAAAUAAGGCUGUUCAUAUUUCAUGUUGGAUUAUUAUUGGAGAAAAUGAUCAAGAUCUUGUGAUGAUUACUCCAACUCCUAAUGAAGACAGCUCUGAACUAAACAUUAUAAUUACAGUGUCUAAUUAGAUUCUUGAGAUUGAGGUUAAUGAAAAAGUUGUACUAAUUUACCCCACCAAGAAAAAAGAAAAAAGAAAAAAAAGAGAGAACUCUUUGCUUUUUUCUUUCAUUGUUAUUUUGGGUUUUUGGUGGACAUUAUAUUGCUUUUCUCUUCUGAAGUUGCUUUAAAGAAAUUGGUUGUAUUAUUUAGUUAUCAAAUAUCUUGUCAUGUAUAUUCUUUACCCCGCAAAGGUAGGGGUAAGGUCUAGAUA